AUGUUGCAUGCCACCAUUCCAUUCUCUCCUAAUGCGCCAUCGUAUGAUAUUUAUUCCUAUUGCAAAAAAGGAGAUUUACAAAAAGUGAAAUCGUUAUUGAAUUUAUCAGAAUUGGAGACUCCAGAUUCGUUCGGAAAUACUCUAUUAUACUAUGCAUGCUUGUGUGGCCAUUUACAACUAGUUCAUUUCUUAUCAGAACUCGGAGCUCGUGAUGACAAGUACAAACGAUGUUACAUUAACGCAUUAUCAUUAAAUGUUAGAAGUUUGUUAAAGGUUUAUAACAAGUAUUCGAAUGAAGAAACCCAUAAAGAAGAUGUGGAAGAUGAAGAAUCUUCAUCUCUACAAUCAUUCAUGUUGAAAAAAGUGAAAAGAAUUCUCUUUGAAAAUGAACGAAAUUUGGAGAGUGAUGUUGUGUUGAAAAUUCGAUUUUCCGGUCAACACAAUGAAUCUCGAUAUUAUUGUCAUUGGUGGAUUCUCUUAGCUCGAUGGCCAUUUCUAUUGUACUGGGCACUUGUUCAAAAGAAUAGACCUAUUCCCCAUGUACAUGUGUUCUUAACCUCUCACGAACAGAAAUUGCUCACAUUGAAAACAAAUAAGGAAAUUGAAAAGUUUUGUUUUUCUCAGUCUGGAACGGUGCUAUUUGUUCAUGAAAUUAGAAAUGCCAUCAAGAAAAUUAGAAAAGAAAUUGAGGACAUUCAACAAGGUCUUUCAUACAAGAGAGCAUACGAAGAGCAAAUGCAAGAAUUAUUGGAUGCAUUACCAGAAUCUGAAUUGGAUCUCAAAGAAUUGAUGAGUUCACAACAUGUUUCAUGUAUAGAUUUGGGAAGUGUCGAAUUUCCAAAACAAUAUUUUGAUUUGUUACUCGUUUGGAUGUAUACAGGAAAAUUUACAGAUCCAAACUCCUCAAAGAUGGAAUAUCCUACAGCUCAAUUAGCAACCAUGAAAGAUUUCUUGAAUAUGGCAGAAUCAUUGAAAAUCUAUGAAGUUGUAGAUAUUUUAACAAGUCAUCGUACCAAAGGUGAAAUAGACAUGAAUCAUUCCUAUUGCACAGCCAUGACAUCAUGCUAUUUUAUGGAAUCAUACCAACCUAAAACCAAAUUAGAACUUUUGAGAAAACUUUGCUGUGAUUUCAAAUUGAAGAUUGAAAACUAUUUGGAGGAAACUUAUUUCGUACCGACUGAAGAAUCCAUUCUUUGUCACAAGAAUUUCUUAAUGGAACGAAGUCCAUUCUUUCAAGUCAUGAUUCAAAGUAAUUUCGAUGAAGGUGAAAAAAUUCGACAAUUACAAGCAUGUCAUGAAUUGCCAAUUUUACAUUUACAAUGUUGUACCUUGUCCGUAUUGGAAGAAUUGUGUCGAUGUUUGUAUUCAGGCAAGUUACAACUUCAAGAACACAAUGCCAUUGAACUGUUUUCGUAUGCUCAUCGAUUGGGUAUGAGUUCAGAAGUUCUUCUCCAAUGUGAAAGUUAUAUCAAAGAGAUGCAAAUCGAUGAGAGUGAACUUUAUGCAUUCUGCAAGGUGUGUUUUCCACUCUUUACGAAAAAAACGAGAGAAUUCUUUGAGGUACCACUGAUCAAGUAUUUACAACAGCAACAAGAGAUCAAUGUGUAUGAAGCUUUAGAAGAAUUGGAUUAUGAUACAAAUACUAUUGAGAUUAUCAUGUUACGAUACAAUAUGCACCGAACAAGAAACAGUGAAGAAUGA